GCUGCUUACACAGCCUCCCAGACAGCAGCAGCAGGUUGAUACACACAGACAGUUCCUGGUGCAGAAGCUCUUUUGGAGAACUUUGAGCAUUUCUCUCCUACAGCACAGUCUACUACACAGAGGAAAGAUGACUACACCAGCUAGCCGUCUCCUGAUUGGCCUGAUGUGUCAGGUAACCUGCACGUGGGCCUUCGCUCGCCUGCCCGAGGAUGCAGAACUGCGUUCUGCCUUUUCAGUGGCACGCACCAGCAGCAUGGAGGGUGGACCAAAGAUGGUGGUGACCUUUGACAAGGAGUAUGUUAACAUCGGUGGGGACUUUGAUCCAAAGGCAGGCAUGUUCCGCUGCCGCAUCCCCGGAGCAUACUACUUCUCCUUCACAGUGGGGAAGUUCCCCAGUCGUGACCUGUCAGUCAUGCUAAUGAAGAACAGGAAUGAGGUGCAGGCAAUUGUGUAUGAUGAGAAUGCGGGAGAGGAGCGUAAGGUGCAGAGCCAAAGCGCCAUGCUGCAGCUGGACUUUGGUGACACAGUCUGGCUCCGCCUUCACGGUGAUCCCCGCUAUGCCAUCUACAGCAACACAGGUCACUACACCACCUUUAACGGCUACCUAAUCUACCCUGACACCUACACCUUCCAAGACCGCAAGCACGAGGACCCAACUCCCAUGUAUGGAAAUGAGGCGAAUGCCAAUGACCACACCCUAACAGACCAGGAUGGGCUGGGAGAAAAGGACAACGUAGAGAAGAGAGAGGAGGUAGAGGAUAAAGAGGAGGACCAGAGGUCAGCCUUCUCCGUUGGCCGCACUCAGAGCAUCGUAGGGGUGGACCAGGGCUUCACAGAACACCGUCCUAUCUCCUUUGACACAGACUUUGUCAACAUUGGCGCUGACUUUAACGUCACCAAAGGUGUAUUCACCUGCCGUAUUCCAGGAGCCUACUUCUUCUCCUUCAAUGCUGGCAAGCUUCCCCACAAAACCCUGUCAAUCAAGCUGAUGAAGAACCACCUGGAGGUGCAGGCCAUGAUCUACGAUGACAGUGACACUGAGAAGGCUCUGCAGAGCCAAAGUCUGAUGCUGUCUCUGCGCCGUGGGGAUAUCGUCUGGCUUUAUAGCCACCAGCGCGAUGGCUUUGGAGCAUACAGCAACCAUGCCAAGUAUAUAACCUUCACUGGCUUCCUGGUCUAUCCAGAAAUACAAAAACUAGCCACCAAUCAGCAGUAACAGCAGAGCCAGAAGCCAUAAGGGACAGUGUCAAGAACACAGUUGGCUGUGGACCUACUACACUCAAUUAUUCUAUGUCCAGCUAAUUCUUUCAAUGGGUUUACUUUGUCAAACUCCAACUUGCAGUCUUGAAUUAAUGAAGAUGUUACUACAUACUAGCAUUUUUGCUAUUUUCAGGAUAUGAUGUCUCAGUUAAUACUUAUCUGGAUUUUUUAUCAAUGUCUUGAAAGGCAUUGUCAAAUAAUGGGGACACUUGUUUUGUGUCACAUUUAGUAUUUUUCCUUCAUUUUAGAGUGAGUUUCUGAUAAGGCCUGUGUCAGAUCACAAUGAAAUAAAAUGGCAUUUUGAACCAAAAACCAUGACCAACACUUAGAAUAAAUGUCCUGUUACAGUGCAGGGCUGUCCAUUGGACCAAUACAGGCACCAUACUCAUCCUUGUUGUAGCUUGAAAUCUGCUAGUUUUGGACCUCGGGGCACCAGGCUCAUAAUUGGAUUUCUAACUUAGCAGAGUUAAAUUUAUUUACUCAGCUGGUGACCGCUGUGGAGAAAAUUGAAUUACCUAUAUCAUCCCUUAUGAUAAACGUGCCGGUUUAAUUCACACACCCGAGAGAGAAAAAUGCUCUUAAAAUUGUGCCAUGCUUCAGCAAAUUAGUCUGUUUGAGAGGUCAUUUAAACAACAUAAAAAAUAGCAUAUAGUCCAAUUAUAAUGUUAAUUUUACUCUCCAGCAAAUACUGUAUUUUGAUUCUCCAUGUCACACCCUGAUCUGUUUCACCUGUUUUAUGCUUGUCUCCACCCCCCCCCACCAGGUCUCUCCCAUUUGUCCCCAUUAUCCCCUGUGUAUUUAUACAAGUGUUCUCUGUUUGUCUGUUGCCAGUUAGUCUUGUCAGUGUGUUUUUCCCUGUUUGAGUCGCUGUUUUCUAGUCUUCCCGGUUCUGACCCUGCCUGCCGUUCUGUACCUCAUUGACUCUGCCCUGGAUUACUGACCUCUACCUGCCCCCUUGUAUAAUAAAUAUUAUGAGAACUGUACUAUCCGCCUCCUGUGUCUUCAUCUGGGUCAUAUCCUGAAUUGUGUGGGAAUAUUGGGUUAUGUACACCAUCUCUGGGUAGUGUUCCUUUUUUAGUUUGAAUUAGCAUCUUAUCAAAAGGAAUAAACACAAUGAGACACUUACUGAAUAAUGAGAGACUAUUUCAGUAAUAGUUAGUCCCCCUAUUAAUGGUCAUCUACUAUGCGAAUAGCAGGUUGAUUUUUGUCAUGAAUCUUGCCCUGGAGGCAGAACUGAGCCAUUUCCGCUAGCUGCAGUCAAAAUGUCAUUUAUGGUCUUAAUUUAAAGUUAGGCAUUAGGGUUAGCAAUGUAGUUAAGGUUGUUUAAAAUCCGAUUUUAUGACUUUGUGGCUGUGCCAGCUAGUGACCACUCAGCAGAGCUGCCUCCAGAACAAGAUUCAUGGAGAAAAAUACUUACCUGCCUGUGAUUGCGGUGUCAGGCAUAUACUCACUCCUGCAGUGCUGCCCUCACACAACCUACUUUUGGAGCACAUCCUAAGUCACACUCCUGACUCCCUAAUGCCCAAGUGUCACUAAUCGUGGCAACUUUUGUACCCUGAGGGUGGAAUGACUUUUUCAAUACAGCAAAUUAAAAAAAAUGAAACUGAUGUAUAAUUUUUCAAUUUGCAUGGGAAAAUUGUAGUUUAGCAUUUGCUUUGUAGUUCUGAUUUAAAUCAUUAUGUGCAUGGACUGCAGUAGGAAAUAGUCAUCGAGUUGAGUGGAUCAAAUUUGUAUAACAGCUUUAAUUAUUAUAUACAAUUGGCCUAGCGUCGUCCGGGUUAGGGAGGGCUUUGCCAGUAGGGAUAUCCUCGUCUCAUCGCGCACCAGCGACUCCUGUGGCGGGCCGGGCACAGUGUGCGCUAACCAAGGUUGCCAGGUGCACGGUGUAUCCUCCGACACAUUGGUGCGGCUGGCUUCCGGGUUGGAUGCGCACGGUGUUAAGAAGCAGUGCGGCUUGGUUGGGUUGUGUCAUGAAAGACGUAUGACUUUCAACCCUAGUCUCCCCCGAGCCCGUACGGGAGUUGUAGCGAUGAGACAAGAUAGUAGCUACUAAACAAUUGGAUACCAUGAAAUUGGGGAGAAAAAGGGGUAAAAUAAAAAAGUUUUAAAUUAAAUACACUAGCAUGACAACUUUUGAGAGCGUAAGAAACCCACAAAAAAUAUUAUUUCUUAGAGCUCAGUGAGAUCAAUUUCCAGAGAGAUAACAGGCAUUAUGAUAUUGGGAAUGGAGUCUUGGAGAAUAUUUUGACUAAUAAUUUCAUGCAUGCUGUCAUGGAGAAUAAUCAUCUAACAGCUUUGAAGAUCUUCUUUGUAAUGAGACUGUAAUUCUAUCCGUAACUUUUUUGGUUGGAAAUAACUUUAUUGUAAGUGGUACAUUGGUGACCUGUACUUAUAUCUUUGUCCUUGCAAAGGAAUGAUUGUGAACUGCAUAAAAUUUUGCCCUGGGUACAUUCAACCCAUGUGUUAGUCAUCUGCUUCUUGUUGGCUCCUUGAGAUGUUAAAAAUACUUGUUAUACAAUGGAUGCUUUGGAACAUGUGAAGCAGAAUAAAUAAAAGUUAAUGUAUA